GUGGAGGGGACUUCACUGUGGAAAAGUCAAUUUAUCAACAUUGGCAUUUCGGUAGCUAGAGGGAAACACCAUGGGAGUUUUCAUCUUCUCCAGCUUCGUAUAGGAUAUAGGCGACGAUGCUCCUCCACAUUCACCACCAACUCAGCACUGUCAUCACUCCUCUCGCAGCCUUUCGCCCCACCUCUUCUUUUUUAUAAGUGAUAAAAAAGCUUCUAUAAAAAUAUCCAAUUCUUUGGGUCUUUGAGCUUCUCAGAUCUCUAAGCCCACUUGAGAAAGUUUAGCAAACAGGGGAACAGCUUGUUUUGAUGAGAUGAUUCGACUACCAGAGAGGUUUAGAGCGUUUUUUAACAACAGAUGGCUGGUGUUUGUGGCCGCAAUGUGGAUACAGUCGUGUGCCGGAAUUGGGUACUUGUUUGGGAGUUUAUCGCCGGUGAUUAAGAGCUCACUCAACUAUAAUCAGAGGCAGAUUGCAAGGUUGGGUGUGGCUAAGGAUAUCGGAGACAGUGUUGGGUUUUGGAUUGGGAGCUUGUGUGAGAUUUUGCCUCUGUGGGUUGCUCUGCUCAUUGGUGCUUUGCAGAAUUUAAUUGGGUAUGGGUGGGUUUGGUUGAUUAUCACUCAUCGAGUUCCAACUCUGCCCUUGUGGGCUGUGAGUAUCGCUUAUCAAAUACUUUUCCCUUUCCUCUCCCCUUUCCAUUUCACGUGAACCAUCGCCUAAAGUAGCUGUGCUUUUUUGUUUCUUCUUUCUUUUGGUUUUUGUUUGAUGUCAGUUUUUUUAUUUUGUCUGGUUUUCUUUUAGUUACUCAUAAUGAUCUGGGUCUUUUUGUUAUACUUUGGAAGAUGUACUGGGUAUCUCAAACCAAGUGAAAAUGAUCACAUAAACUGGAGACCUUGUUUUCUUUCUUCCUUUAUAGAUUUCCGGAGCAUAGUUCAAUCUUUUUUUUUUGUUUGUUUGAUUAGAGCAGUCCUCAAUUUAAUUUGUAAAUCGGAUAAUCUCUUGCAAGAAUAAUUUUUAUUCUCAACCUUUCGGCAUAGUUUCUGGAUUUUAACGUCCGGAGUCCUGCGACUGAUGAUAUGCAUUCUUAUAUUUGUGGGAACAAAUGGUGAGACCUACUUCAAUACGGUGGAUCUGGUUUCCUGUGUGCAAAAUUUCCCAAAGAGCCGGGGGCCCGUGGUUGGAAUAUUAAAAGGCUUUUCUGGGUUGAGUGGCGCCAUUCUGACGCAGAUAUAUACCAUGAUCCAUUCCCCUGAUCACGCAUCCCUCGUAUUCAUGGUUGCAGUGGGUCCAACAAUGGUAGUUUUUGCUCUAAUGUUCAUUGUUAGACCUGUUGGAGGUCACAGACAAGUCCGGCCAACUGAUGACUUAAGUUUCACAUUCAUCUAUGGUGUCUGCCUCGUUUUGGCUGCUUAUUUGAUGGGGGUCAUGCUUCUUCAAGACCUAGUUGACUUAAGCCACACAGUGGUCACAAUUUUUACAGCAAUUUUGUUUGUCCUCGUUUUGGUACCAAUUGUGAUUCCUGUGUCAUUGAGUUUUCCCUCAGAGCCAAAAGCUCCUGAACUAGAGGCUCUUCUAACAGAGCCACAGAAAGAAGAACCUGGCAAGUCCGAACAGGAUGCAACUGAGGUUAUAUUUAGUGAGUUGGAAGAUGAGAAGCCUAAGGAAGUAGACUUGCUUCCAGCAUCAGAAAGGCAAAAACGAAUUGCCCAUUUGCAAGCAAAACUGUUCCAAGCAGCUGCAGAAGGAGCUGUGAGGGUCAAGAGGAGGAGGGGGCCACGUAGAGGGGAGGACUUUACCCUGAUGCAGGCUUUGAUUAAGGCGGACUUUUGGCUUAUCUUUUUCUCACUUCUAUUGGGUUCUGGAUCUGGUUUGACAGUGAUUGAUAAUUUGGGACAGAUGAGCCAGUCUUUAGGAUAUGAUAAUACACAUAUAUUUGUAUCCAUGAUCAGCAUUUGGAAUUUUCUUGGUCGAAUUGGUGGAGGUUACUUCUCUGAGAUGAUAGUCAGGGACUAUGCUUACCCACGGCCAGUGGCCAUGGCAGUGGCCCAAGUUACAAUGGCACUUGGACACUUAUUCUUUGCUAUGGGAUGGCCCGGGUCACUGUACAUUGGUACUCUAUUGAUUGGGCUUGGUUAUGGAGCCCACUGGGCAAUUGUGCCAGCUGCUGCCUCUGAGUUGUUUGGCUUGAAGAACUUUGGGGCUUUAUACAAUUUUAUCAAUCUUGCAAAUCCUACAGGUUCACUAGUGUUUUCUGGUGUCAUUGCUAGCAGUAUCUAUGAUCGUGAAGCGGAGAAACAAGCUCAUCACCACCAUCACCAGCAGCAGAACAUGGGAUCAAUUUUCUCUGGCAUGCUUAGUGUGGAUGACCCUCCAAAAUGUGAAGGUUCCAUAUGCUUCUUUCUCACUUCUAUGAUAAUGUCUGGUAUCUGCAUUAUAGCAGUUGUUUUAAGCAUGGUACUCGUACAUCGGACAAAGGUCGUCUAUGCCAACCUCUAUGGAAAAUCACGUACUUGACUCAUGGCAAGAGUAGCAAAAGGGGCAUUGUGAGUAUAGUGUUUGUCCAAUUUAUGUUGAUGUUCUGUAUACUUCAUCCGAGCUCAUGGAGAAGUUGCUCAUUUUUAACCCAUGUUUCUGAAAGUAUUUAUUGAGGGAGAGAUGGUAAAGCUUAGCAAUUCUCCAGAACACACGACUCCAGAGGGGGAAGCAGAUGGAAUUUAGACACUGCUAUUUUCAGGUGUUCCACAACGUUUGCUAUAAUGUAUUGGAGUCACGCAUGGUUCUAUUUUGUAUGUUAAGGUUGUGUAUUUCUUUUCAUUCUAGUUUGGACAUUUAUUUGGUGUGGAAGUAUCAAAUUUGUUCCCUAAAA